AUGCCGACUCUCACAGAGGCGCUUCAGGGAGCAGACCCAGGACUGCAUGCCCUGAGGACAGCAUCGACGGCAGAGACAGGCACCUCCAAUGACCUGGGUGACAGGCAGCUGGCUGCAGAUGUGGUGGCCGACGAAGCGGUCCUCAAAGCCUUGCGCUCCUCAGGCGCGGUGGAAACUGCGAGCAGCGAGGAGCAGCCGCACGACAUCGCACUUGGUGGCUUCGGGUACUCGGUGGCAUUUGACCCGCUGGACGGCUCCUCCGUCAUCCCCGCCGGCUGGGCCGUGGGCUCCAUCUUUGGCGUCUGGCCCGGGUCGCAGCUGGUUGGCCGACCGGGGUCGGACCAGGUGGCGGCGGCGUAUGCCCUGUAUGGGCCCCGAACACUCCUCGUGGUGGCCAGGGGCCUGGGCGGCUCGUCCCCGGUGUGCCAGGAGUUCACGCUGGGCGAGGGUGGGGCGUGGGCCCUGGCGAGGGACGGCAUCGCCAUCGGGGACGGGGUGCGGACCUUUGCGCCUGCCAACCUGAGGGCGAGCGCCGAGAACGAGGCGUAUGGGGGCCUGGUGAGGCGCUGGCUGGAGGAGCGGUACACGCUGCGGUACAGCGGCGCCCUGGUGCCCGACCUGCACCACGUGAUCACCAGGGGCGGGGGCGUGUUCUGCAACCCCACCUCUGCUGGGGCGAAGCCCAAGCUGCGCCUCCUGUACGAGGUGGCGCCCCUGGCAUACGUCACCGUGGCCGCGGGCGGGGCGGCGACCGACGAGGCGGGGCCCGCCCUCGACAAGGUCAUAGCAGAGCAUGGGGCCAAGGGUCCUGUAUGUCUGGGGGGUAAGGCAGAGGUAGAGGCAUGUCAGGAGGCCAUGCGGUCGUCUGUGGUGUGA